AGCGGGGUGAGCCCGUGGCUCGUUAGGACCAGUCCGCUGUGUUCGUUCUGCGGGUUUGUUGGUCUCGUCGUGUACAGCCUACCGGCUGUACCCCCCCGCGCCUACGAUCCUGCUUCCAGCCCGGCCUGCCGCACUGCCGAGCCCUGCAAACAUCAUUUCCAGUGUCCGGCCAGAGAGACAAGUUUGAGCCCUGAGAUACAAGAAAGCAAGACCUGCCCCAGACAAUGGCAGCCACACCUGGUCUCCAGCCUCCACCACCCCUGGAGCAAGACGAGAUCCUGAUCGUGAAGGUGGAGGAGGAUUUCUGCUGGGAAGAGGAGCCCUCCCUGGAGUCGGAAGACCCCAGCCCUGAGACCUUUCGCCAGCUCUUCCGGCUCUUUUGUUACCAGGAGGUGGCCGGGCCCCGGGAGGCCCUGAGCCGCCUCUGGGAGCUCUGCUGCCGCUGGCUGCGGCCUGAACUGCGCACCAAGGAGCAGAUCCUGGAGCUGCUGGUGCUGGAGCAGUUCCUGAUGGUGCUGCCAGGGGAGAUCCAGGCCCGGGUGCGGGAGCAACAGCCGGAGAGUGGUGAGGAGGCCGUGGUCCUCGUGGAAGGGCUGCAGCGGGAGCCCAGGAAACAGAGGCAGCGGGGCCUGGAGGUGCUCCCUGAUGAUGUACUGUCCCAUGGGACAGAACAGUGCUUGAAACACCAAGUGGAGGCCAGGCCAGAGGAGCUGUCUCUGGAGGAAGGGUCUGGAUGCUCCAGCCAGCAGGCCCCAGCCCAAUGGAGCCACAGACCAAAGAGGGGCCCAGUGGCCUCCCAGCAUCAGGAGAUGGCGGCAUCGGCCACGUCCUUCGUUUCAUCCUGGUCCCGGCAGGUGCCAGUGACCUUGGAGGACAUGGCGGCGUACCUAUCCCAGGAGGAGUGGGAGUGCGUGGACCCGGCUCAGCGGGACUGCAGCUGGGACAUGCUGCCGGAACACGGGGGGCUUGGGCUGCAACUUGAGGACGGACAGGACACCAGGGAGGACGUGUCAAUGGGAAGGGAGCGGGACCAAGAGCUGGUCAGGGGCAUGGCCAGGCCCGAGCAGCCUCUGGAAAGAGGAGGGCCGCGACGAGUCGAAAAGCCGUACACGUGCCCCGAGUGCGGCAAAGGCUUUAGCAAAACGUCCCACUUGACCAAGCACCAGCGCACGCACACCGGGGAGCGGCCCUACAAGUGUCAGGUGUGCGGGAAGGGCUUCAGUGACCGCUCCAACUUCAGCACGCACCAGAGGGUCCACACGGGCGAGAAACCCUACGCGUGCGCCGAGUGCGGCAAACGCUUCAGCCAGAGCUCCAGCCUGGUCAUCCACCGCCGGACGCACACUGGGGAGCGGCCUUACGCCUGUGCUGAGUGUGGGAAGCGCUUCAGCAACAGCUCCCACUUCAGUGCGCACCGGAGGACACACGCGGGCGAGAAGCCCUUUGUGUGCCUGACCUGUGGCAGGGGCUUCCGCCGGGGCACGGACCUGCACAAACACCAGUGGACCCACAGCGGAGAGCAGCGCCUGCCGGGCUUGCAGAGCCCCACGGCGUGGCUCCAGGAGGCCCCCGGGGUGAAGCCCAGCCGCCACUCGUUGAGCUGCCCACCUCCGGAGUUCCGUUCAGAAUUUCGAGGUCAGAGUUCAUGAAGCUGCUGGAGUUACUGUCUUGGAACCAGAACCCUAAUCUGAAGGCAUUUCAGACUGACCCUGUUUGCCCCUGGUGGGGGCCCAGCCCAUGGCUGUGGGAUAUUUCAGGUGCCCAGGCAGAGGGAAGAAUCCGGGCACUGA